AUGGAGCAGUCUCAAAGAUUCAGAGCAUCCGAUCUUAUUCAGACAAUCUUACCUGUUCUUGUGCUAGCAACGGUAAGUUUAAGGGUCGUAGAGUGCAAAGUACAUUCUAGUGGUCCGGAUGCCUUACACUAUAGGGCGAUAAAUUGUCGAAAGCAUAGUGCACUUUUGACAGAUUUUGGAGCAGUUGGUGAUGGAAAAACACUGAACACUAAGGCUUUUAAGGCUGCAAUUGAUAGCCUCGGCACAUACGCAUCACAAGGUGGGGCACAGCUUAUUGUUCCUCCUGGAAAAUGGUUAACUGGGAGCUUUAAUCUCACUAGCAGCCAUUUCACCCUAUUUCUUCACAAGGAUGCAGUUAUUCUUGCAUCUCAGGAUGAGGCAGAAUGGCCACUUGUUCCUGCUUUGCCUUCUUAUGGGAGAGGAAGGGAUGGAAAUGGAGAUGGACGGUUCAGCAGCCUCAUAUUUGGUACAAACCUCACCGACAUCAUAAUCACCGGUAACAAUGGCACGAUCGAUGGCCAGGGUCAAUAUUGGUGGGACAAGUUUCACCAGGGCCAAUUCAAUGUCACCUGA